UUCUGCCCAAUAGUAUUAGAGCACAUUGUUGCUUUGAACUUCCGGGAAAUUGUAUAAGGGUUGAGGCCUACCCACGAGAGUCACCGGAGAGAAAGCCGCUCCAGUCUGCAAACAACACACACGGAACCAUGGCAGAGACUGAUGUUGAUCAUGAUCUCCUGGACUACGAGGAGGAUGAGGAGCCACAGGGAGCCCCUGAGAGUGCGGUCGCACCAGGCAAGAAGGAGGUGAAGGGAUCCUACGUCUCCAUCCACAGCUCUGGCUUCCGAGACUUCUUGCUGAAACCCGAACUGCUCCGUGCCAUCGUCGACUGUGGCUUUGAGCAUCCUUCUGAAGUUCAACACGAAUGUAUUCCACAAGCCAUUCUGGGCAUGGACAUCCUCUGUCAGGCCAAGUCUGGUAUGGGGAAGACGGCAGUGUUUGUGCUUGCCACACUACAGCAGAUCGAGCCUGUGGAUGGGCAGGUCUCUGUGCUGGUCAUGUGCCACACUCGUGAGCUGGCCUUCCAGAUCAGCAAAGAGUACGAGCGCUUCUCCAAAUACAUGUCCAACGUGAAGUGCUCAGUGUUCUUUGGAGGCCUGCCAAUCAAGAAAGAUGAAGAGGUGCUGAAGAAGAGCUGCCCUCACAUCGUGGUGGGAACACCAGGCCGUAUCCUCGCCCUCGUCCGGAACAAAACCCUCAGCCUCAAAAACAUCAAGCACUUUGUCUUGGAUGAGUGUGACAAGAUGCUUGAGCAGCUUGACAUGCGACGGGACGUGCAGGAUAUCUUCAGGUUGACUCCUCAUGAGAAGCAGUGCAUGAUGUUCAGUGCUACACUCAGCAAAGAAAUCCGGCCUGUCUGUCGCAAGUUCAUGCAAGACCCUAUGGAGGUGUUUGUGGACGAUGAGACCAAGCUGACCCUGCACGGCCUACAGCAGUAUUAUUGCAAGUUGAAGGACAGCGAAAAGAAUCGCAAACUCUUUGACCUGCUUGAUGUCCUGGAGUUCAACCAGGUGGUGAUCUUUGUGAAGUCGGUAGCACGCUGCGUCGCUCUCUCUCAGCUGCUUGUGGAGCAAAACUUCCCUGCCAUCGCCAUUCACAGAGGCAUGGUUCAGGAGGAGAGGUUGUCACGAUAUCAGCAAUUUAAGGAUUUCCAGAGGAGGAUCCUGGUUGCAACUAACCUGUUUGGCAGGGGGAUGGAUAUCGAGCGCGUAAACAUAGUCUUCAACUACGACAUGCCUGAAGACUCGGACACUUACCUACACAGGGUGGCCCGUGCCGGUCGAUUUGGGACCAAAGGUUUGGCCGUCACCUUUGUGUCCGACGAGACGGACGCCAAAAUCCUCAACGAUGUCCAGGACCGCUUUGAAGUGAACGUGGCUGAACUGCCAGAGGAAAUCGACAUCUCUUCAUACAUUGAACAGUCCAGAUGAACUGUUCUCGUAAUCCAGUAAUGAUUGUGGUGCAUUUGGCGUCUUUGGAUGACUGAAGAGAAGACGUCUCCGUAUUUUAUUUUGAUAUGUUAGACCCCCUUUUCACCUUGAUGUGAAUUCUGUUAUGUGUAUCUUAAAAUGUGUUUAUUUUAUUGCAGUCUUGGGGGGGGGUACUUUUAUAAUUUCACUUGUUAAUUGUUGAUGUUCAUUGGUUUGAGAAUUAAAACCUUUUUUUAUACAA